AAAUUAAACUUUUCUGGUACAAUGCCUAAAGAAAAACAUAUAAAAAAGUAAUAAGUGAAUAAAACGCGCCAUAUUCUAAGAAUUAUCUAUGCAGAUCGAUGUAUGCUUUUGAAAUAUAAUCGUUAGCUGAAUUGGUGGCAUGCAUUUAAACAAAUUUCGAGUAUUAGCUAAAUUCCAAAAAAGUAUUUGUGGCUGCAAUGAGCGGAUACCAAAGCCUCAUCCUUGCUAUUUAAAUUUAUCCAAGAUUUCCGAAAAUCGGAUGGGCCAAACACUUCACCAAAGGUUCAAGUUGAGCCAAGCAACGUCCUACCGUCGAUGGAUACAUAGCUGUAGUAAAGACCAAGGCGAUGGCUUCCACAAGGAUCUGACUGAUAUCAAGACAUAUUUGAAAAAGACCAAAAGCUUUGAGAGGAAGUACGAGUUUUUGAUAGCUCUUCGGGAACACAAUACUGAAUUGUAUUACCGCUAUUUUUGCGAAAGCCCAUCUCAAGUGAUAUCGAUCCUGAGUGGAGCCAGGGGGAUGGACCAUGAGGCGAUGCCAAUCAACGUUCAAAAUCAGAACCCAUGUGCCAUUCAAAUGAAAACUCCGUGUUCGUCUGCAUUAAAGAUAUGUAAAAUGGACGGGCAACAUAUUCUUACUGAAUCAGUUAUGGAUAUAGUGAGUAUCAACCUACAGAAUUCUGUCGAUGGGAAAAUGAAUAAAAGCGUCCUCGGAGAGACCAAAAAACUAAAUAUUUCAUCUGAGAAACUAGAAGCAGCACCGGAGUUACACUUGGAAAGGAUCAAGGAAGUUUACAAAUACGGUCCCAGAAACCGCAAUCUCUAUAAGGACAAGGGGCUGGCUGUCUUCACCAGCGGGGGGGACUCCCAGGGCAUGAAUGCCGCUGUGCGUGCAUGUGUGCGUAUGGCCAUCUAUUUGGGAUGCAAGGCCUACUUCAUCCGCGAAGGCUACCAGGGCAUGGUAGAUGGCGGUGACAAUAUUCAGGAGGCCAACUGGGCCUCGGUGUCCUCCAUCAUCCAUCGCGGCGGCACUAUUAUUGGCUCCGCCCGCUGUGCGGAUUUCCGUGAACGUGCUGGCCGCCUCAAGGCCGCCAACAACCUGGUGCAGAAGGGAAUCACCAACCUGGUGAUAAUUGGCGGUGACGGCUCCCUUACCGGCGCUAAUCUGUUCCGUCAGGAGUGGUCCAGCCUGUUGGAUGAGCUGGUGAAGAAUGGCAGCAUCACUGCCUCCCAGCAGGAGAAGAACAGUGUGUUGCACAUCGUGGGAUUGGUCGGCUCUAUUGAUAACGAUUUCUGUGGCACGGACAUGACCAUUGGUACGGACUCUGCACUGCAUCGCAUCAUAGAGGCUAUUGACGCCAUUUCAAGCACGGCCUACUCACAUCAACGCACCUUCAUUAUGGAGGUUAUGGGUCGUCAUUGCGGUUACUUAGCCAUAUCCGCGGCUAUAGCCACAGAGGCUGAUUUUAUGUUUAUACCCGAAGAACCAGUGGAUGUCACGUGGCAGGACGAUCUCAGUAUCAAACUCCAUCAGGAACGAUCGGCUGGCCAGCGUUUGAACAUUGUCAUCGUGGCUGAGGGGGCUAUGGACCGUGAGGGAAAUCCAAUCACCGCUGAGGAUGUUAAGAAGGUGAUCGAUGAACGCUUGAAGCACGAUGCACGCAUCACGGUCCUCGGUCAUGUCCAGCGCGGCGGCAAUCCCAGCGCCUUCGAUCGUAUUUUGGCAUGCCGCAUGGGUGCCGAGGCGACUUUGGCUCUGAUGGAGGCCACUAAGGAUUCUGUGCCUGUGGUCAUCUCUUUGGAUGGCAAUCAGGCCGUGCGUGUGCCGUUGAUGGAGUGUGUGGAGCGCACUCAGGCAGUGGCCAAGGCCAUGAAGGAGAAACGCUGGGCGGAUGCCGUCAAGCUGCGUGGGCGCUCCUUCGAGCGCAACCUGGAGACAUACAAGAUGUUGACCCGCUUGAAGCCACCAAAGGAGUGCUUCGAUGCCGAAGGCAAGGGCAUCGAGGGGUACAGGCUAGCGGUCAUGCACAUUGGUGCCCCCUCUUGUGGCAUGAACGCGGCCGUGCGCAGUUUCGUGCGCAAUGCCAUCUAUCGUGGCGACGUUGUCUAUGGCAUCAACGACGGUGUCGAGGGUCUCAUUGCUGGCAAUGUACGUGAAUUGGGAUGGUCGGAUGUGAGUGGAUGGGUGGGCCAGGGCGGCGCCUAUCUGGGCACCAAACGCACCCUGCCCGAGGGAAAGUUCAAAGAGAUUGCUGCUCGUUUGAAGGAAUUCAAGAUCCAGGGUCUCCUCAUCAUCGGUGGAUUCGAGAGUUACCAUGCCGCCGGACAGAUCGCCGAUCAGCGCGAUAACUAUCCACAGUUCUGCAUCCCGAUCGUGGUCGUACCCGCGACGAUUUCAAACAAUGUGCCCGGCACAGAGUUCUCGCUCGGCUGCGACACGGGUCUGAAUGAAAUCACGGAGAUCUGCGACCGUAUCCGUCAGUCGGCCCAGGGUACGAAGCGUCGUGUGUUCGUUAUCGAGACAAUGGGCGGAUAUUGCGGCUAUUUGGCUACGCUGGCUGGUCUGGCCGGUGGUGCGGAUGCCGCGUACAUUUACGAGGAGAAGUUCUCCAUCAAGGACCUCCAGCAGGAUGUCUACCACAUGGCCAGCAAAAUGGCCGAGGGCGUUUCUCGAGGUCUGAUCCUGCGCAACGAGAAGGCUUGCGAGAACUAUAGCACAGACUUCAUCUAUCGCCUGUACUCGGAGGAAGGCAAGGGUCUCUUCACCUGCCGUAUGAACAUCCUCGGCCACAUGCAGCAGGGAGGAUCGCCCACACCCUUCGACCGCAACAUGGGCACGAAGAUGGCGGCCAAGUGCGUCGACUGGUUGGCUGAGCAGAUCAAGACGAACAUCAAUGCCAACGGCGAGAUCACCUGCAAGGCUCCUGACACCGCCACUUUGCUGGGCAUUGUGUCGCGUCAAUACCGCUUCACUCCACUGGUCGAUCUCAUUGGAGAGACAAACUUUGAUCAACGCAUACCAAAGAAGCAAUGGUGGCUGCGCCUGCGUCCGCUUCUGAGAAUCCUUGCCAAGCACGACUCUGCCUACGAGGAGGAGGGUAUGUACAUCACCGUCGAGGAGGAAUGCGCCACCGAUGCCGUUGCCUAGACGAACUCACGAUGAUGAAGCUGCCCAUCCCCGUUUGAUUUUUUUGCAUUGCCCAGUGUAACUUGCUAAAGCACCAUCUAUUAUUCUAUCCUUCGAAUCUAUCUCAAUGAUUGUUUUUAGUUUACAAACGCAACAAGCUAUGGCCUAAGUUUUAAAUACAUUUGAUCCGUUUUUGUCAUCUCUGCUACUGCUGGUCGCGACGAUCAGAUCGAUGUUUGGGUCUAGGCCACUCUCUAAAGGCCUCCACACAAAUGGUCCCAUGACAGCGCCCGCAUAGCAUACGAAAGUAUUCAUUUUAAAUACAUAAUUUAUUUAUAUUUCCUACUCAUUUAUGAUUCGCUUCCUACUAUUACACACACAACUAUUUUGAGUCUGUCGAAUUUGAUUAUUGAAUGUCAAUCAUUUCAUCAAAGUUCAGAAAAGUACAUAUACGAGUGUGUGCAUCCCUUAACCGUUGAUUCUACAUUGCAGCUGCUCGCAUGGGUCUACACAGCACCGUCUAUUAAUGGGCGCCAAUCGUAUGUUAUCGUAAAUUGUUGGUUAAUCUACGCCCCCACCAGUUAUAUUAAAUGUUAAACUAUUUAUACAACAAUUUAUCGUAGUGAAAUCUAUGGCAAAUCUCCCAAAAAUGUUACGCCACACCAAAUGUUUUUCCGAGUAUUGUUGUUGAACCAAACAAUGAAAUACAUAUUGAUAUCGCUAAUUACUAAAUACAUACUCAACUGUACUCAUAAUGUG